AUGUUCUGGGGUAAGGACAAAGGCGGUGGUGAUCAAGAUGGGGUCCCUCAUACUCGCGAUGAGCCUCGUCCCGAGGGCUUAAAGGAUCAGAUCCCUCGCCAGACACUUCCUCGCAAUCUGAAGCAACUCGUCGAUCGUGAAGACGACUACUACGACGAACUGUAUGCGCCAUACUCAAUUGAUUCAACACACACCCCGUACCGAUAUGCAGCCUACGCCAAUCGCAUCCGCACCAUUCUUUUGUCUGCCCACCGUUAUAUCGCUUAUACUUCCGACAUUGGCGAGUCAUUUCGUCCAGUCGCCCAUCCAUAUCUCGUCCGAAGCGCCUACGCUAUUUCGUGGACAUAUAUCCUUGGGGAUGUCGGCCAUGAAGGAUACAAAGCCUACUUACGCAACCGGCGACUUCUCAUCCCGCCGGGGGAGGCAUAUAAGGAUGCGACAGACCUCAAAACCAACGACGUUGUUCUAGGCAUGGCAACUGGAAACAUUGCUGGUCCUCUAACUUCUUCGGCACAAAAUGGGUCUGAUGCUGGUAGCAGCAGUACUAGUGAAAAGGCUGACCCAUUGGUCCCUUGGGCGACUACUCGAAUUCCAUUGAUUGACGAUUAUCGGAUGGUCAUGGUGAAGCGUGCCGUGUUUCAGAGUAUCGCAAGUAUGGGAUUACCUGCGUUCACCAUUCACUCAGUCGUACGAUACUCGGGUCGUGCUUUUAAGAAUUCGAAGAGCUCCCUUCUUCGCACCUGGGCUCCAAUUGGGUUGGGUCUGAGCGUCGUUCCCAUGUUACCUUCUCUUUUUGACGAACCCGUCGAGCAUGCCGUUGACUGGUCUUUCGAGACACUAUGCCGUUAUAUCGGAGGUGAACAGACCGUGCAGUCACCCCCUCCCGCGAGAGAAUUGCCAGCAGAGAAAACAACGCCGCUAAGCAAGAUUCUCGCAUUGCAAGAUCAAAAGAAGCGUCACGAGGACAGGAAAGGCGACAGUUCUUCCUGGGAAGAGUUCCAAGAAGAUCGCAAGCGUCAAAAGGAGGAGCGGAAGUCGGCCGGUGGUAGUGUUGGCUGGUUUGGCUUUGGUAAGAAAGAGAAAGAGGAGUGA